GCAGGGGAAGGAGGAGGAGGGAGAGCCAAGGGGGCUGUGAGUGAGCGGGAGAAGCAGGGUGUGAGCCGGACUUGCCAGCGGGAGGGAGAACGAGCGAGAGCCGAGCCAGCCUUCCGAGCCGCCUCCUCCUCCUCCCCUCGGCGUCCCGCCCCCGCCUGCCAGCCCGCCCUUCUCCCUCCUCAGCCGGCAGAGCCCGAGUGAGGCGCAGCUCGGCUAGCGCCGCUGUCCAGGACAGGUGUGCGCGCGCGCGCCCUCCUCCCCUCCCCCUUUCCUCGCGCCCGCCUAGCGCCUGCCUCGCGCGCGCCCUCCCUCCCUCCAGCCCGCGCCCUCCCUCACCUGCGGCAGGACAGCGCCCGCCCGCCCGGAUCUCGCGAGAGUGGCUGACUGGCUGUGGGGGUUGCGGCGGCAGCAGGCGGAGCCGGGGAGGGAAAGCAGCGGCGGCUGAGGCGACUGAGGCGGCGGCGGGCGGAGCGGCAGGCGGCGGCGGCGCGGCGGCGGAGCGCAGCAUCAUGGCGGACCGAGACAGCGGCAGCGAGCAGGGUGGUGCGGCGCUGGGCUCGGGCGGCUCCCUGGGGCACCCGGGCUCGGGCUCGGGCUCCGGCGGGGGCGGUGGUGGCGGCGGGGGCGGCGGCGGCGGCAGUGGCGGCGGCGGCGGCGGGGCCCCGGGGGGGCUGCAGCACGAGACGCAGGAGCUGGCCUCCAAGCGGGUGGACAUCCAGAACAAGCGCUUCUACCUGGACGUGAAGCAGAACGCCAAGGGCCGCUUCCUGAAGAUCGCUGAGGUGGGCGCGGGCGGCAACAAGAGCCGCCUUACUCUCUCCAUGUCAGUGGCCGUGGAGUUCCGCGACUACCUGGGCGACUUCAUCGAGCACUACGCGCAGCUGGGCCCCAGCCAGCCGCCAGACCUGGCCCAGGCGCAGGACGAGCCGCGCCGGGCUCUUAAGAGCGAGUUCCUGGUGCGCGAGAACCGCAAGUACUACAUGGAUCUCAAGGAGAACCAGCGCGGCCGCUUCCUGCGCAUCCGCCAGACGGUCAACCGGGGGCCCGGCCUGGGUUCCACGCAGGGCCAGACCAUUGCACUGCCCGCACAGGGGCUCAUCGAGUUCCGCGACGCUCUGGCCAAGCUCAUCGACGACUACGGAGUGGAGGAGGAGCCGGCCGAGCUGCCCGAGGGCACCUCCUUGACUGUGGACAACAAGCGCUUCUUCUUCGAUGUGGGCUCCAACAAGUACGGCGUGUUUAUGCGAGUGAGCGAGGUGAAGCCCACCUACCGCAACUCCAUCACAGUGCCCUACAAGGUGUGGGCCAAGUUCGGACACACCUUCUGCAAGUACUCGGAGGAGAUGAAGAAGAUUCAAGAGAAGCAGAGGGAGAAGCGAGCUGCCUGUGAGCAGCUCCACCAGCAGCAGCAGCAGCAACAGGAGGAGACCGCCGCUGCCACCCUUCUGCUGCAGGGUGAGGAAGAAGGGGAAGAAGAUUGAUCAAACUGAAUAGAAAAAAACCCACACACAUGCAUACACACACACAGACACACACACACACACAGCCACACACAGAGAAAAUAUACUGUAAAGAAAGAGAGAAAAUAAAAAGUAAAAAAGUUAAAAAAAAAAAAAAAAAAAAGAACUGUUAACUCCAAGGGAGCACCACCCACAGAACCUCCACCAACUGACAGUUUCUCUUCUUGACUUGCCACCCAUCGCUGGAUGUUGUCCACUUUAUCCACCAUAUAAAACAGUAAGCAGCUGCUAAAAACAAAAAACAAAAAAAAAAACAAAAAGUAAUAACAUUAUAUGAACUGUGUUUCCUACUUGAUUAAAAAAUAUAAAGAACUGAGUGUUUAUUUCCCUAAUUAACCAAGAACUUUUGUACACGUUUAAGCUAUUAUUAUUAAAAGUGUUUGCAAAAUGGUCAAGAUUAUAAUAUUGCUGAAUUAUAUAAAAGUCCUUUUCAUGUUGAGCUAACAUUUGACUUUAGCACAAAAAAGAGAUAUUUUAGAACACGUAAAAUAAUAUUUUUAGUUUUUUCUCAUUUUGUUACCAAAUUUCAAACCUUACAUGGAGGUUAUUAUAGUAUAUUUGACACCCUAUAUACCUGUGAUUAGAGAUGUGUAUAUAUAUGAGGGCUAGGCAUGCUGUGUGUCUGAGCUUUGUCUAAAUGUUAUGCAGAAGUUUGUAGAGUUAAAGGUACGUAGGUUUAAUUCAUGCAAGGUAAACAAUAAGUGCUCUCUUUUAUACAAUAUGCAUUGCAUCUGGACCUUAAACAUAUAAAAAUGGUCAGUGAAACUUCUGUGAACAUGAAGAAAUUAUUAAAAAAGGCAUUUAAAUGAAAUUUGCUAAGUUGUGAUUUUUACGGUUGGAACCAAAGUUAUUCAAAUAGUAAAAGAAAAAAGAGAAGGAAAGAAAAGGAAAUCUCCCAUAAUAUUUUUUUGCAUCUGUUUGCUUUGACUGAGUAGGCGUUUUGUCAUUAUUGUGUAUAUGAGAUGUACUUGUAUCGUUCAUAAUAUAUUUUUUUUAUUAUGUGUAGAAAGAUUUUAAAAACUUAACUAACGUGCAGCAAUUUCCAGUGAACCUGUACUUGGACAUCAGGUAGUGAGUCUAUUUGUGGUCACUAGCACUGUCUCCUAAACUUGUAAGAGGUCUGAAGCUAUCCUUUGAUUUUUGCCAGUGCUAUUAACUUAUGUAGACCUGUUAAAAAGCAGAGCAACACAAUUAUAGUUAUCCUACUGAGCCAUGGAUUCUGAGCUUCAUUUUAAAAGUGAAAGCCAAGUUGGUGUAUGUAAAGGAUUUCCAUGUAGCUGUGGUGCUAGUUAUUACUGGCUACAUUAUAUGCUAAGUGUAUUUGUGUUCCCCGUGUACAAGCCUUCUAUCAAAAGUAUGUUCUAUAACUCAUAUAUUCAAGGUGUAGGGUAUGAAAAUGCAGAGCUUAGGAGAGCACUUUACCAAGCUGGUGUCCUCCAAACUGAAAUUGUUUGUAACGAUAGUCUUUUACAGGUUUUCAUUUAAAGAUGUUCGUGUGCUUUUAAUUGACAACUAACUUCUUGCUGCUGUAUAGUAAAAUAUUAAUAUAUUUUUAUCAUUAAACUGCUGCAUGACUAUCAUCUUUGAGUGAAGAGAAAAUGUUAUAAAAAAAAAAGAUGCCUUAAACAGUACUUUUUGGUUUGGAAUUCUGUAGAAAGUAUUUUGGUUUAAAAAAAAAAGGGUCUUGUCUGACAUAGAGAGUUCUGGGGAUGGAAUUGUUUUCUUGGCAAAUCAGCCAUAUAGAUCUAACUGCUGUAUGUAGAAGACACCACCUGUAGGAGCUGGAAGGUAUCAGUGCUUCUCACAUUGUAAAGCAUUGGCCUAGGAAGGUGAAACAGUUGUCUUUUUGAAGGAUUUUUUUUUUAUGCUGGUUCUCUGGGUUUUGAUUUGGUAUUUUUAAGCUCCCUGGUUGAGUGUGUCGUCUUUGAGAUCUACUGUAUGUGUUGAAUAACAAGCUAUUUCCAUUGUACUGUGCAUUUUCCCAUUAAAUUGUUUGCUUUUAAUAUUCAUACAAUGUUUAAUAUGAGGUGACCGUACAAUAGUUAGGAGUUUCUUUACUUACAAAAUCACUGGAAAUGAUUAAAUUGCUUUUCCCCUUUCCCCCAAGGUGCAUUUUUCUUAUUUCCAUAUAGUAAAGUUGAGCUUUUACAGUGCAUAAUGUGACAUUUGGAAUGCUUAUCAACUGCAUGUAAACAUUAAUAACCUGCACUUUUUUGUCUUAAGGUUUGUUGAGCUGUUUUGUUCACUGUACUUUAACUGUGAUAUGGAAAAGACUGCAUUCUUUGUGCUGUUACUAGUUAGGAAAGAGAAUUGCUUUGAUUUUGUCUCUUGUUUACUAUAGCUUCUUAAAGUUAAGCCUUGUACUACAGGUUGUUGGAGUACUCCUAGAUCAGUGUUUCAUAGUAGCCAGCAAUAAGUAGUGCAAGUCAACAAAAACACAGCAAACUUAGGCAAAGUGUCCUUUCUUUGAGAUGCUAGUUCUUUCAUGAGGUUUUCUUUAGGGUCCGAGUUACCUAAAGUGAAGCCUUUCUUAGCUAUAGACUUCAGAUUCUGCUUGGAAUCCUACCGGAUCAAGAAGCACAUGUAUUGUGCAAUUAUCUUUACACUAUAACAGUUAAACACAAUCUUACUAAGAUUUUGAAACCAGUGUCUGAUUUAUGGUCAGUGGGUUUAAAAAGAAAUCCACAUGCAGAUCUUUUAAGACUUCUUAAGACGUGAUCAUAGAAAAGACUAAUGACUGUAAAGAUGCUCUUUUUUUGCAUCUCACUUUACCUUCCCAAGUACCCCCCUCACCUUCCCUUCUCCCCUCUCCUGUUUCAUCCUUUUCCCACCCUUCCCCCCAGGUGCUCGGUACUUUACCAAGGUUCUAUAUCUCAGUGUUUUAUGUUGGAGUUUUUCCUUGUUUUUAUUUUACUAGUUGGUAAACCCUGUUUGUGCUGAAACAAAAAAGGAAAUGGUAUAUUUGACCAUAUGUUUUAUUCAUAGAAGACAGUAUGAUCAAAUGUGCCAAAAACAAGUAAACAAAACUUAAUUCAUGACAAGUAUGCCUUAUUUUUAAUGAUCUGCUUUGUCUUACAAUUAAGGUCCAAGAGCUUGGUUAAACUAUAUUAUUUGCCUAAGUAUAAAAGAACACUUGAUAUGCAUUGCGUUCUUUAAAAUGAGAGACAUUGUCAAGUAAUUUAAUCCAGAGAUCAGCCACCAGAUUUGAAAUGCCCAUAUAAGUGUGUGUGUUUGGUGUUGUUCGUUUUUUUUGUUCUUUUGUUUUUUCUUUUAAGUCACCAAAUCUUUUUAAAGCUACUUUUUAUUUGUGCCUCCUAUUUAUCAUGCUGAUGUUGGAAGCAGCAGUCAUCCAGCCACAGAGGGAGCUAAAGUUAACUAACCAGAACUGUAGAAAUCUUAUACAUGCCUUUGACAACAGAGGAAGUUCAUAAGAAAAGCCAUGUUGGCUUUUCCUCCACUAGAUACAGAUUGGAGGUAGAUGAAUAUUUGCCAAAUGGAAAAAAAGACAAUGUGAGUCAGGAAAGACGAACUUUUCCAGCUUCUCAAAAGCCAUGGAGAGUAGAAACCAAAACCAACAGGGAAAUAAAAAACCUUGAAAGUCUCACUUUCUAGUUAUCCCAUGCAGGGGUUGAAAUUUGACUAAAAGUGAAAAAUAUAUCAAUGUGUUUUUUAGGUCUUUACAUAUAGAGAUGGAUAACUAUUCCAAUUUGAUUUUUCAGGUAAUGGAGAAAGCUGCUAGUGAUUUUAACCCCUGCCUAAAGAAGACAGAUAAUUUCAUUUGGGAGCAAAUACUUGUUGCCUUGAAAAAUAGCACUGUAAUAGCCUAUGAUAAUUAGUUAUAGAAUAACUUUUAUCCCUUUUAAACUAUGCAAAUUAUUAAAUAAGUGUAAAUUAGGACUCAGUUAAAGAUAGUUGAUUAUAUUGCAAUCAGAUGGCAUUCACAAACUUAACUGGAGCAUAUACAAGUAAAAUCUAUUAGUCUAAGAGUUUUGUAUGCUAACAGAAAAAUAUAAUUUAGCUACCUAUUCUAAAAAUGGUGAAUAUUAUUAAUAUUGUACAAUAGGACUGGGAAGCCUGCCUCCUUUUUUGAAGAGAGAGAUUAAGGAUUUUUAUAAUUGUUUUUCAUCAAAUUUUAAUAUUUUUGUCAAAUUUUUAGGUAUUUAAUUUGUAAAACAGUUUGCUUUGUACUGGCAUACAGAAAAUAGGGUAUUGAUUUUAAACUUUUUGAAGCCAAGUGAUCAAGUACAUUUGUAAUAAAAGUCAAUGGAUCUAUAUCAGUUGUACUCACUGUUUUCAUUUCUUAUACUUAAUAUAGGAAUGUUGUACUUUUUCUGCAGGAAAACAACUAAAUUUGGGUGGAAGGGAGGGGAAAAGAUAAGUCUGUUGAUGAGAAUCUGGGUGGGUACCAUGGCCCAAGUACUUUAUAUAAUCUUUAAGUCAGUUAAGAUUUGGUAUAUUAAAAAAGAUAUAUAGGUCACUUUUUCUACUUUUUUGCUUAUGAAAAGUGUUUAUGGGGGUUGUCUCAUUCAUUUUU